AAGGCGGGGAGGAGCGGCCGUGCCCGGGGGUCACCGGCGCAGGGUCGGCCGCUGUCACACGCGCCCCGCGCGCACCCGGAGCACGGCGCACACUCGCGCUCGCACCGAGUCCGGCCACGGAGCCAAGAGCCUCAUGGGUCCCGAGGCCACCUGCCCGCGGAGCUGGCCCCUGCCUCGCCUCCGGGUGAGGACCUGGAUCGAGCCCGUGGUGGCGUCCACGCAGUUGGCUUCCUCCCUCUACGAUGCGGGGCUGCUCCUCGUGGUGAAGGCGUCCUUCGGCGCCGGGGCCUCCUCCAACCACAGCGCCAGCCCGUCGCCGUCGCCCCGGGACGCUCCGGAGGACGAACAGCAGAGGGCCAUCUCCAACUUCUACAUCGUCUACAACCUGGUGGUGGGCCUGACGCCCCUGCUGUCCGCCUACGGGCUCGGCUGGCUCAGCGACCGCUACCACCGCAAGAUCUCCAUCUGCGUGUCCCUGCUGGGCUUCCUGCUCUCCCGCCUGGGGCUGCUGCUCAAGGUGCUGCUGGACUGGCCCGUGCAGGUGCUGUACGCGGCGGCGGCGCUGAACGGGCUGGGCGGCGGCUUCUCCGCCUUCUGGUCGGGCGUCAUGGCCCUGGGAUCCCUCGGCUCCUCCGAGGACCGCCGCUCCUUGCGCCUCAUCCUCCUGGACCUGAUCCUGGGCCUGGCGGGAUUCUGCGGGAGCAUGGCCUCGGGGCACCUCUUCCAGCAGAUGACUGGGCACCACUCGGGGCAGGGCCUGGUGCUGACGGCCUGUAGCGUGAGCUGCGCCGCUUUUGCACUUUUCUACAGCCUCUUGGUCCUGAAGGUCCCUGAGUCGAUGGCCAGUCCCAGCAAGGCGCUCCCCACUGUGGAUACUGUGUCAGGCACGGUUGGCACGUACCGUACCCUGGAUCCUGAUCAGUCAGACAAGCAGAGUGUGGCAGGGCACCCUCCAUACCCUGGGAAAGCAAAGCCCCAAAAGACUAUCAUUGCCCUGCUCUUUGUGGCUGCCAUCAUAUAUGACCUGGCAGUGGUGGGCACCGUGGACGUGAUGCCCCUUUUUGUGCUCAGGGAGCCUCUCAGUUGGAAUCAAGUGCAGGUGGGCUAUGGAAUGGCAGCGGGGUACACCAUCUUCAUCACCAGCUUCCUGGGCGUCCUGGUCUUCUCCCGCUGCUUCCAGGACACCACUAUGAUCAUGAUUGGGAUGGUUUCCUUUGGGUCGGGAGCCCUCCUCUUGGCGUUCGUGAAAGAGACAUACAUGUUCUACAUUGCUCGAGCUGUCAUGCUGUUCGCUCUCAUCCCCAUCACAACCAUCCGAUCAGCAAUGUCCAAACUCAUAAAGGGCUCCUCUUACGGAAAGGUGUUCGUCAUCCUGCAGCUGUCCCUGACCCUGACCGGGGUGGUCACAUCCACGGUGUACAACAAGAUCUAUCAGCUCACCAUGGAGAAGUUCGUGGGCACCUGCUUUGCUCUCUCCUCCUUUCUCUCCUUCCUGGCCAUCAUCCCGAUUGGCAUCGUGGCCUACAAACAAGUCUCCUGGCAGCAAUAUGGGGACGUCACAGAGAAAUGAAGGUGCUGAAAAUACCAGCAAUGGUGGGACACCUUUGAAGUCAAAAGAUGGGACUGGGUGCCGGUGACCAAAGCAAGCCACUGCUCCAAAACCCCAGGUUCCGGCCAGACUCGGCCAGGGCAUGACCUGCUCUGGCUCAGAGAUCCCUGGUGGGUGGGGAAAAGCACUUUCUUGGUGACAGAAGCACUUUCUCAGCUUCCAGAUGUCCCUGUUAGACGGAGCUCAGGUUCUGGGGGCAGCAGAGUGUGAACUUUCAGGGGUUAGAUGCGGGGGUGUGCACAGUCACAGGAGAUGCAUAACGGGCUUCAGACAGCAGCCCCUUUUCUCCCAGGACUCGUCUCCAGGGCUCCGAGGUCCUGUUACUAGUCACUUGGGUGCUCUGCUGGGAGUCCCCCAGGAAAACUCAAGCCAAAGCAUGCAUUUUCCAUAGCCUAAGGAGAACGCAGAGGGGAUGCUUUAUAAGAACUCCCAACAGUGAACAUCAGCCAAUAUAUUUUUUUAAUUAAAAUAAAACCUUGAAAAAAAGUUAAGUUUUCUUCCCUGAGGCCUUGUUAGCUGUGAACACUCAGGAGAGAUUUGGGGCUCGGCCUCUUGGCUUCAGGGUAGUUUUAUUGCCAUCGUUACUGUUGUUUUUAAGAAGCAAAUAUCAAAAGGCUUUCUUUAGUGGAAUAUUAUAUUGAAUAUUUUCAGUCAACAAUACUUCUUCCCAAAGUGGGUGCUGUGAAGGGAGAGGUUAUAUGCUAAGAGCCAUUUUAUCUUGAGGUACCUAUUUUUAUAGCCUAUUUUACUUACAUAUAGAAAAACAGACUCAACUCCAAAUAAAAUCAACAUUUAUUGUG